AUGUACUCCAUUCCUCCAGGUGGAUUCAGACAUCCGUAUCCUGCUUUGGCCAUGAAUGCCUCAAUGUCCAGCCUGGUUUCCAGCCGAUUCUCUCCACAUAUGGUGCCCCCACAUCCCAGCUUGCACACCUCAGGGAUCCCUCACCCUGCCAUAGUCUCACCUGUCGUGAAGCAGGAGCCGUCCUCUGGAAGCCUCAGCCCAAAUCUUAAUUCGAAAGCCACCAGUUUCAGUUAAGAAAGAAGAGGAGAAGAAGCCACAUAUUAAAAAGCCUUUGAAUGCCUUCAUGCUAUACAUGAAAGAGAUGCGAGCGAAGGUGGUUGCGGAAUGCACACUCAAAGAGAGCGCUGCCAUAAACCAGAUCCUUGGCCGCCGAUGGCACUCAUUAUCCGAGAAGAACAGGCCAAGUAUUAUGAACUGGCAAGAAAAGAGAGGCAGCUUCACUCUCAGCUUUAUCCGACAUGGUCUGCAAGAGACAACUAUGUGGGUCAAAUUGACCACACUAGGCAUAGAAGCACACUCUUGUGCCAACACCCCCCCCAACCAUUCACUGGGAAGGGAAAAAGAAAGAAGCGGAAGAGAGAGAAGCAACAGCAUUCGCCAGAGUCAG